AUGGACAACGGCCAAAAUCGUCCCUACGCACUCAAAGUUACACCACAGUCUCACGUUCCUGCUCCAGCAUCCACGUCGCUGCUUUAUUCUCCUCUUCCCGUCCAUCAACACAUGGUAUCUCACCGCCGUUCAAAUUUCGCUCCAUCUCCUACUUUGGAUCUUCUGGAUUCUUCUCCAGAUUGA